AUGUCAUUUUCAAUCUGUUCAUAUCUAUCUAUCUAUCUAUCUAUCUAUACGCGUUCACAUUUAUCUAUCUAUCUUUGUCUAAUCAUAUCUAUCACUCUAUUUAAUGACGCUUCUUUUUUUAUUCUUCCUUCACUUUUUCUUUUUUCAUUCGUUUUCCCAAUUGACCUCAAUUAUUCGACAUUUAACCCCUUCCUAUCUAUCAUUUCUUCUUGCUUCCCUAUUUACCUGUACGUGUUACUGACGAGACAAUUGAGAAAACACGAAGAAAAAAAAUCAGAUUUUAUAAUUUUAUACGUUCCCAUAUGUACAUUUGUUUUUUCUUUCUUUCUUUCUUUCUUUCUUUCUUUCUUUCUUUCUUUCUUUAUUUCUGUCGUUCUUCCUUUCUUUCUUUUCUUAAUUCACUGUUUUUUCCUUGGCUUUUCUCUUCAUAACUUUCAUUUUCCCUACUAUAUUCUUUCUUUCUUUCUUUCUUUCUUUCUUUCUUUCUUUCUUUCUUCUACUCAAUAA